AUGGCGCUCUCGGUGAGCGCGUUGACGUCCCUGCUGUUGGUGGCGCUGCUGGUCUUCUUCCUCCUCAGCGUCAACUUCAACGGCCCCUUCGACCGCGUGCCCCUGUCCGGACCCCCCUCCGAGCCGACGCCCCCGCCGGCCGCCAGCGCCCCGCCCGGCGGCGCCGGCUACACCGACAUCCUGCCCAACAACAUCGACGACGUCGUGCUGCCGGCGACGGCCAACAGCUUCCCCGUGCACUUGGUGCGCUUCUACAAGAAGAGCCCCGUCCGGCCCGACGACAACCUGUGCUGGCUGGAGUGCGUCAGUCUGUUGUCCAUCAUGCUGUAUAUACGACCGCCCGCCAUCUACGUCCACACCAACCACCCCGACUUCUGGCCCUUCGACUCCUGCGACGGCCUCAUCGACGACUGGAGCAGCGUCAAACUGGUCUACAGGCGGCGCCGCUUCGUCGUCAACGGCAAGCGCCUCAACUCCACCGACAAGUUCAUCGCGCACGAAGCCGACGUCGCCAAGCUGGUCACGCUGCACAAGUACGGCGGGAUCACCUCCGACUUUGACGUCUUCUUCCUGCCCAAUAUAACCAGUGUCCUGGGGCUUCUGGGCCGUGGCUACGACUGCCUGGUGUCGAAGGAAGAGACCUUUAUGAAGAAAAUGAACCACGGCUUCAUCGCUUGCCACCGCGGCGCCGCCUACAUCGCCGACAUUCUGCAGUCCUACCGCAACGACUACCGCGCUAAGGAAUGGGUGUACAAUUCGGGAAUGGUGCCGUGGAAUAUUCACCACAGUAGCGCCGUCUACAACCGGACAGUGUACGUGGACGACGAGAUCAUCAACAACCCGGGCCCGGAGACGGUGCUGCGCUUCAUCCGGGGCCAGGACCGCAGCGUCGACUGGCGCCGCAAGCCGGCCUUCCACUCCCUCUUCCACGACUGCCAGUACAACCGCACCAACGCCACCCGCAUGGACACCGGCUUCGCCGAACUGCUCACCUCCAUCCUCGAUGAGGCCCACCGGCGCCGACCGCAGAUUAAGGGCUCGUAA